CAACACCAAAGACAUCCAUACUCUGCUGCAAUGUCGAAAUCACGAGCCGUCGUCAAGGCCCUUGACCACCUUGUCCUCACUUGCACCGACGUAGGCGCCACAGCCAACUGGUAUGCCAAACAUCUCGGCAUGAAAGUCGAGACAUUCAGACCACCAUCCGACCCUACCGUUGCGAGGACAGCGUUAAAGUUCGGCAUCCAAAAGAUCAAUCUCCAUCAGAAAGGAAAGGAGUUUGAACCAAAAGCAAAGACUGCGCUGCCUGGUACUGCGGACCUCUGCUUUGUAGUCGACGAUAGUGUGAACCUCGACGACCUACUCAAGAAUUUCGGGAAUGAAGGGAUUGAGGUUCUGGAAGGGAGACGGAUUGUGGCUCGGACAGGAGCCCAAGGGCCAAUACAGAGCCUGUAUGUUCGUGACCCAGACGAAAAUUUGAUCGAGUUGUCAUCUUAUGCCAAUCGGGAAAUCGACCAAGUCUAA